AUGAGCUUUGCUGGAAAAAAGCACGGGGAGUAUAACUGGAGGCAAGGAGUGACCUUUUCCCCACAGACUGCGAACGCCCGCAGGGUGGUGACGUCACUUCCGGUGUCCUUCCGGAAGCAGGGUGUGCCUGCGGCCGUCUGCAUGCGGAGGUUCUGCGGGCCUGUCCUAGUAUGGACACUGGUGACGGCGGCAGUGGCGGCAAUGGCGGCGUGGCUCAGGGGCUGGUGGGUCACCCAUGCUGACCUUCGUCUUUUUACAUCCGAGGAGCUGGCCCGCUACCGUGGCGGCCCUGGGGAUCCGGGCCUGUACUUGGCGUUCCUCGGCCGCGUCUACGACGUGUCCUCGGGCCGGCAGCACUACGAGCCCGGGGCCCACUACAGCGGCUUCGCAGGCCGAGAUGCAACUAGAGCAUUUGUGACCGGAGACUACUCUGAAGAAGGCCUUGUGGAUGAUAUAACUGAUCUGUCUUUCUCUGAGAUGCUGACACUUCAAAAUUGGCUUUCAUUCUAUGAGAAAAAUUAUGUAUUUGUCGGAAGGGUGAUAGGAAGGUUCUACGGAGAGGAUGGGCUACCUACCCCGGAGUUGGCCCAGGUCAAAGACAUGAUGACCAAAGGCUUGGAGGCAAAUCAACAGGAACAGAAAGAAAAGCAGAAGUUCCCUCCAUGCAAUGCUGAGUGGAGUGCCACCAAGGGCAGCCGGGUCUGGUGUUCCCCAAAGAGUGGUGGUAUAAACAGAGACUGGAUUGGUGUCCCCAGGAAACUCUAUAAGCCAGGGACCAAGGAGCCCCGCUGUGUAUGUGUGAGAGCAACUGGUCCCCCUAGUGACCAGCUGGACAACCCUGUACACACAAAUCGUGGAGACUUGGAUGACCCCAACUUGAGAGAAUACACUGGCUGCCCACCUCUGGCCAUCACAUGCUCCUUUCCACUCUAAGCUUGUGCUCAGUAUGUUGAUGAUACUCAGAGAAGGAAGUCCACCCUUGACACUCAUGUAUACCUCCCGUGGCUCCCAGCAUCAAACAGGAGCAUCUAGGAGGACUCUGACCACUCUGCAAAUGUGCCUCUUGUGGAGCUUGCCAUUCUGGUGCCUGAAGCAAGAUUCUGACAGCCUGCCUAGUGCCUGCUGUUCCUUAAGCCUGUUUGGAUGCUGUUUCCUAGAUCUGCCAGCUGUCUUCCUCCAUAGCUCUCAGAUACUCAUGGCACAAAUGUAACCAACCCAGAACUAACAAGACAAACGAGAAUAAAGUCUGAGCUCCAUCUUCCUUCCCAAGGAUUCCCAUGUGGCUUGGAUCAGUUACCAGCAUGGGCCCUGCCUACAACCCCAGUCCUGUGGGCACCUGGAGCAGUGGCAGGGACUGUGACUCUCAGCAGAGACAGGCAGACAUAUCCCAGGAAACUAUUUGGGGGCAGGUGGGAGAGCACUGGUUUGAACUCAAGGCCUUUUGCUUACUCAGGCAGGUACUCUACCUCUUGAACUAUACCUGCAGCCUUUUUAUUUUCGGAUAGGGUUUGUUUUGCCUCACAAGCCUCAACCUGUGACCUUCCUGUGUUUCCUGUGUAUCUGGGAUUAUAUGUAUGGGAUUAUAUGCUUGUUUGUUGAAAUGGGAGUCUCACUAGCUUUUACCUAGGCUAUCUUUGAACAGUGGCCUUCCAAAUCUCUGCCUCCUGAGUAGCUGGGAUUGUAGGCAUAUACCUCCAUGCUUGGCUCUUUUUUUGUUGCUGUCAAGUUAUGAAGGCCAUGCUUGCCUCAAAUUCAUGAUCCUCCUAUCCUAGUCUGCUGAGGUUACAGGUGUACCACCAAACCUGGCUGAAGCUGUGCAUAGUGAAAGCUGUAUAACUAUUACUGGAAAAGCUCUUGAUCUCUAACUUCCAUGAUCUUUUCUCUAAAAACCUCUACCUUUAAGCGAAGUUGAAUUUAUAACCCAGAGCCCACUGACUUGGGUAAGAUGUGAUAAUAAACCGUGAUAGGCUAAUUCUAGACAUAUUUUGAUUUCUAUGGAUGCAGCAAGAUUUCUCUUUUAAAUAUUAAAUAUGUCUGAAAAAGUUAAAUAUGGUCUGUUUUCAAAGGAAGAAGUCUGCAUUUGGGGCAAAAAAUUUUAUAUCUCUACAAAGAUAACUGGUUAAACUAACAUCAAAGUUGGGGCAAGCCUACAGAUGCCAAUAUAGACAGUCCUAACUUAAGGUGGCUAGGCUUGAAACCUAUCUACUGCUGUGUAUAGUCAACAUUACCUGUCACCGCCUAGAUUUGAUAAAAGUCCAUGCCCACUUACCUCCUGAAAUUCUAAACUUAAGAAGAGAGGAGCACCAAGUGCUCUUUUUGUAAAGAUAAGAAAAUAAAGACUCAUGCUGGCCCAGA